AGGGUCCUCACCAUCCUCCCGAAUUCGAGCGAUUUCAUCCUGCUGGCGCAUUCCGUCUGGUGGGCUGGUGCCGUCUUUGCGCCUCUGAAUCCCAGUUCGCCCGAGAAAGAUAUCGUUCACGCGCUCGGAAUUCUGCAACCAACCCACAUCGCCUGUGACAGCUCUCGUCUUGCGACCAUCCAAGCCGCGAUCGACUCCCAAUUGCAAAAGCAGAAGCCGCAGAUCUUUAUUUUGCAUGGUCGAAAAGACGGUUUCCCCACGUUUCCCAACGACAUUGCAGGUCAAAACAGUCACGAAAGUGUGCCACCUUAUAAUCUCAAUGGCAAGAAAGCGAGCGAGGCCACUUCAACUAUAUGUUUCUCCUCUGGGACGACCGGACGAAUGAAGGGCGUCCAACUCUCUCACCAUAACAUUGUGUCGAACGCACUGCAGAUGCGAGCGUCCCUACCCAGCAUUCUUAAUUCUAGCCAGAGAGAAGUGUUCUUCCUCCCUUAUUGUCACAUCUAUGGCCUGUCGUGUGUGGCGAUCCUCGGCAUGUGGCUAGGUACCUUUACUUGCGGCCUGACGUCUUUCGACCUCGAACUAUUCUGCCAGAAGUUGGCAGAGACGAAGGCCACGUACGCACAUUUGGUACCGCCGGUCGCUGCCCUUCUGGCGACUUCCGAAGUAUCGCUCCAGAACGAUCUGUCUUCACUAAGAACGUUGGUCGUUGCUGCAGCACCAAUGAAACGAGAUCUCCAGCUGAGGCUCAAGGCACGGCUUGGGGACAACAUCAAGAUCCUUCAGGGUUAUGGACUUUCUGAAUGCUCGCCCACCGUCAUGCAUCAGCAUGAGUCCGACGACGACUAUGUUGGAACUGCAGGGAAAAUCCUGUCGGAUACACAGGUACGACUAGUGGAUCCGAUCACGAAAAGAGAUGUAGGACUUGGAGAAGAAGGGGAAUUAUGGGUCCGCGGCCCGCAAGUGAUGCAGGGAUAUAUUGGCGAUGAUGAAGCUACGCGCAACACGUUCUCAGAAGACGGCCAAUGGUUGCUAACUGGCGAUAUCUUAAAGGUGGACAAGAAUGGCAACUUCUGGGUGACAGAUCGUCUAAAGGAACUCAUCAAGUACAAAGGCUUUCAAGUCGCCCCUUCAGAAUUGGAAGAUGUCCUCCUCAAGCACCCCAGUGUGAUCGACGCUGCAGUUUGCUCCAUCUAUGACGAUACUCAGGCAACCGAGCUGCCACUCGCAUACGUGAGCUUAAUACCGCAAUUAUUGAAGCUAGGGGAAUCUGAGAAAGGGCGUGUCCUGGCAGAGAUCCAAGAAUGGGUCAAUAAACAAGUUGCAGGGUAUAAAAAGCUCAGGGGUGGAGUUGUGCAUUUGCAGGAUCUACCAAAGACACCCACUGGCAAAAUUCUACGCAAGGACUUGCCAGCAAGCCGAAAAAAAACCCCAAGCAGUAAGCUGUAG